GACGUCAUGCGCGGCGCCAGUCACUAUCACAGGCGAGCCAGGAUAGGUUGGCCGUCUUGACUCUCUGACAAUUUUGGCCUUCGGAAAAUGGUGUAAAAUCCUUGCGGGUUUACCCCGCCGUGUACAAAAACGUUGUGUGUGCGCUCUUACGCAGGAUGAAUGUAUUGAAAGUGCCGGAUGCUACAUAUGUGCCUAAGUGGUUGUAAUGAGUGUAAGAGAGACCUCUGGCCAGAAUGAAACCAUCGCCUUGAGUCAUAAUGUGACUGGAAAUGUGGGUGCUGCAGUGGGGGGUCCUACCCCCAGCAGCAUCAGAGACAGUAAAGAUGAAGAGUCUCAUUUAGUGCAGCAACCAGCAAGUCCUGGGAAGAUUGGCAGCAUGGGGUCUGGUGAGGGGGAGUUGGUGAGGCUGAGUGACCCCAGAAGCCUCCACUCCUACACUCCUCACACUUCUCCGGUGCCCUCUGCACAGGGAGUCAUUCCAUCACUAACAGAAGUCACUCCCAGCACCACUCCUUCAUCAUCCCCCAGGAGACCCUUACCAUGCACCUCUUCUCAACCUCCAGCUAAGAGAAUCAAAGUGGAAGAGAAACCUUCAGAUAUAUCAGAAUUGCGGAAGGUCAUAGUGGAUUGGAAAAAGGCACAAUUAGAAAGUGUGAGGGACAAGUAUAAUGACCAUCUGGUGGAAUUAUUUUUUUUAGAAAGGGAUGGCAACAUGAUGGAUUUCCAGGCUUGGAGUCGAAGACCUUCCCAAGAGUUCCUUCAGCACAUUACUCAACACAAGCUAGAGGGAGAUGAUACUUUAGAAGCCAAGUACACUGCCCCUAAUCCCUUACAUGUACCCUCAGGAGUCCAAAUAAAAACAGAAAGCACUUCAGGAUCUCAGUCACCAGCAAAAAGUGGAUUAAGUGCUGUUGCAAGAACUUCUUCACCAGUCAAACCUGGAAAGGGAUUGACUGGCUCAGGAGCUAAUGGUCGUCAGAAAACUCCCUCCGUGAGUGAUAGUAUUCAGACAGUCACUCAACAAGACCAGAUGGUAGAAAAGGCAAGACAAGAAGCAUAUGUUAUGCAAAGAAUUGCUUCAUUGAGAAAGGAAGGUCUCUGGUCAGAAAAACGAUUACCAAAAGUGCAGGAACCACCUAGAGCAAAAGCUCAUUGGGAUUAUUUGCUUGAAGAAAUGGUUUGGCUUAGUGCUGAUUUUGCUCAAGAGAGAAAGUGGAAAAAGGCGGCUGCAAAAAAGUGUGCGCGUAUGGUUCAGAAAUAUUUCCAGGACAAAGCUCUGCAGGUCCAAAAAGCAGAGAAAGAACAGGAAAUGAGACUCAGAAAAGUGGCUGCAUUUAUAGCUAAAGAGAUUAGAACAUUUUGGAGUAAUGUAGAAAAAUUAGUGGAAUACAAAGUGACAACGAAAUUAGAUGAAAAGAAGAAAAAAGCCCUCGAUCAGCAAUUAAGUUUUAUUGUUGAUCAGACUGAAAAAUACUCUUCGUGGCUGGCUGAAAGUAUGAACAAGCCAACAGUGGACUCAGCAGCAGCCUCCACGCAUUCCAAUACCCCCUCUAGAGACAUGCAGAUAUCUGAUGAGGAGUUCCAUCCUGAGGAGCCUUCUGAUGAUGAUGAGGCAACAAUAGCUCGGGAGGAUGACAACCCAGAGGAACAAGCCUCAGAGCUGCAGCUGUUGCAUGAAGAGUCAAAGCAAACCAUGGAAGACCUAUUAAGAGAUCUACCACCAGGCUAUCUGGAGGAAGGGGACCAUACUCUCGGCAACAGCACAGAUGUAGAUUCUACAGGAGAGAGUCAGGGCAGCUCAGAGGAAAAAGAGGACAGACUGAGUGAUAAAGGAAGGAUACAUGAAACUAGUGAUAAUAAAGAAGGAAAGGAAAGUGAUAGUGUAUGUGAACAAAAACUAGGUAGAGGUAUCAAAAGAAAAAAAGUAAAACUUAAAAGUGAAGAUAGUGAUGAUGCAGAAAAAGAUGCUGGAGACAAGGACUUUGAGGCUGAAGAAUCUGAAGAAGAUAAUGAAGAGACAAUAGAAGAGCAAGAGGAGAAGGAGGGUGAGGUAAACUAUGAGGAAGAGCUGGAAGACUUACAGGCUGACAAUGAGCUCUCCAUAGAAGAACUAAGACGAAAGUAUGCAGAAUUGGCGGCAAAUGCAGAACCCAUGGAUGAAGAGUCUGGUGGAGAGAAUGAAAGCACUGAUAUCAGUGAUGGUGAUGAUGAGGAGGAGGAAGAAGAGGAGGAGGAGGAGGAGGAGGCAUUAAAGAAAGAUGAGGACAAGAUGGAGGUUAAUGAACAAGAGGAUAAACAAACAGAUGCAGAUGAAAGUGAAGAUGAAAUGCUUAGUGAUGCUGAAGAGGAGGAGGAGGAGGAGGAGGAGGAGGAAGAAGAAGAAGAAACAGUAGAGGAAGAGCAAUCUGGUCUUGGAUUGGAAAGUCUGAUGGAAGAAGAUCUUGAAAAGAACUCUAAAGGAGAUAGUGAAAAGGCAGACAAGGAGUUGCAAGAUGCUUCAGCUGUUGCCGAAGCAUUACAACCCAAGGGCUUCACUCUGUCCUCCACAUCUGUGACAACGCCAAUACCCUUUUUGCUCAAGCACAUGUUGCGAGAGUAUCAGCAUGUUGGAUUGGACUGGCUUACCACUAUGUAUGAGAAGAAAUUGAAUGGAAUCCUUGCUGAUGAGAUGGGUUUGGGCAAGACCAUCCAGACCAUUUCCCUGUUGGCCCAUCUAGCAUGUGAAAAAUCUAACUGGGGGCCUCACUUGAUUGUCGUACCCACUUCAGUCAUGCUCAACUGGGAGAUGGAAUUCAAAAAAUGGUGUCCAGCCUUCAAAAUUCUCACAUACUAUGGCACACAAAAGGAAAGAAAAUUAAAGAGACAAGGAUGGACAAAGCCAAAUGCAUUCCACAUAUGCAUAACAUCAUACAAACUUGUGAUUCAAGACCACCAAAGCUUCAGACGAAAGAAAUGGAAGUACUUCAUUCUUGAUGAGGCUCAAAACAUAAAGAAUUUCAAAUCUCAACGCUGGCAAUUGUUACUGAAUUUCCAAAGCCAAAGACGAUUAUUACUUACUGGCACUCCACUACAAAACAACUUAAUGGAAUUGUGGUCGUUAAUGCACUUUUUGAUGCCCAACAUUUUCGCAUCACACCGGGAAUUCCGUGAAUGGUUCUCUAAUCCAGUGACAGGCAUGAUAGAAGGCAAUAAAGAGUACAAUGAAUCUAUCAUCAAAAGAUUACACAAGGUACUGAGGCCAUUCAUAUUGAGAAGGCUGAAAACUGAAGUGGAGCAACAGAUGCCAAAGAAAUUUGAACAUAUAAUAAUGUGCAGAUUAUCAAAGAGACAAAGAUUUUUAUAUGAAGAAUUCAUGUCCAGAACCAAAACUAAAGAAACUCUAGCAUCAGGUAACUUCUUGAGUGUCAUCAAUGUUUUGAUGCAGUUGAGAAAGGUAUGCAACCAUCCUAACCUCUUUGAAGCCCGCCCAACAGUGUCCCCUUUCAUGAUGGACGGCAUCUGUUACCAGGUGCCUUCAAUUGUGUGGGACAUCACUGACUAUGAACCAUUCAAGCGCAUUGACCUCUUCAGUCUUAAUUUUCUCUUGGCUGACCUGGAGUUGUGCUUAACUGCCUUUGCUGCCCAUCGUAUACGCAAGUUCCAGGCUCCACGUCGAGUGAUUGAGGAAAUUGACUCUGCUCCAGAACCUCCCCCUAAAUGUCCAGCUGGAAAGAUUAAGCUCCAUGUCCGACCAUCUAGUCAAAGUGUGCCAAAGUCAGGGGUAUCACCAGCUACAACUCCAAGAGCACCAACUCCGAUGGGAAGUUUACGGGCUCCUUUAUCCCAGACUGCCACUGUGGCUACUGCCCCAGCGAGUCUGCAUAGUGGGGGAGCACGACUACAGCUUGUACAGCAGGGAGGGACUAUAAAAGCCAUUCAGGUACCAGUCAGUGGUAGUGGUGGAGGAGUUAUGGUGCAGCAGACCCCACAGGGCCCUCGCCUGGUGAUGCCUCAGCGGACAGGAGUGACUGCUGGUGGUACAGCAAGUAUAGGAACUGCCUCAGGGACCCUAGGGGGACUUCAACUACUCCAGACCUCAACUGGACAGCUGCUAUUAACCACAGCUCCUGUCCAAAAGCCCACAAAUCCUACAUUAUCUCAUGGUGUGAGUGGAAAUGCUGCAACAGCCCUUCUUCAACGGUUACAAGGGGUAAAAGGUCUGCAGGGAUCCAUGAUCACCACUGGAGCAGGAGGGAGGCCUGUGCUCCGUUUGCCUCUCCCUAACCCAAAUAUCAGACCUCAGACUCAGGUUUUAGGUGCUAGUAAUAACCAGUCAGGAACAGGAGUAGCACACACUCCCAGUCCUACAGUAAGAGUCCAACAAACUGUGGCAGUAGCCAGCCCCAGUCGUCCCAGCACUUCUUCCCCUGUUCGUGCCUCAGCUCCACCCGCCACUACACCCUCUAAGCCAAUAACACGCUGUGACCAGAAGGAACUGGAAAAACAAGAAGAAAAGAAGAAAGAGGAGGAAAGAAAACGAAGCCUAUUCUUUUUGAAUGAUCUUGAAGAGAAAAGACGGAAGAGAAGAAAGGACAAACUGGCUUUGAUCUCAAGACUCAACAUUCGGAGAUGUCAAGCUUGCCCCAUAUAUGGCUCAGAUCUGAUAGAGGCUGUUACUGUGAUUGAUAACUGUGAUCAUGUUGCAUCUUGCCCCAGUGGGGGAGAGUGGAACGGCAGGGGAAAGAUUCAUUGCCUCCAAGCUACUUCCAUGCAACCCCGUCUCUAUUGGUCCCAGACGAGCAGCCUUCAUGAGAUGGUGCACACUCCAGAGAGUUACUUGAAGGAAUUAAAGGAUACCACAGACAGAUAUGUGUUCUGCAUACCACCAGUUGUAGCACCAACCAUAAGUAUGAGAAUGUAUCAUCCCCCACCAUCAAAGUUGUGGGGUACUGAGAGGACAAAUGAAUACCUGAAGAAGCAGUUACUCCCAGCCAUAAGUCCACUACAUCAUAUUAUGAAUGCAUCUGUCACACAAUUUCCAGAUCCAAGACUUAUUCAAUAUGACUGUGGUAAAUUGCAAAUACUUGACAAAUUGCUACGACAGCUGAAGAUUGGUAGUCACCGGGUGUUGAUCUUCACACAAAUGACAAAGAUGUUGGAUGUGUUUGAGGCUUUCUUGAACUACCAUGGUCACUUGUACCUGAGGUUAGAUGGCACGACAAGGGUGGACCAAAGACAGGUUUUAAUGGAACGCUUUAAUCAAGAUAAGAGAAUAUUUGCAUUUAUACUGUCAACUCGGUCUGGAGGGAUUGGUGUGAAUCUCACUGGUGCAGAUACAGUUAUCUUCUAUGACUCUGACUGGAACCCUACCAUGGAUGCUCAGGCUCAAGAUAGAUGCCACAGAAUUGGUCAGACAAGAGAUGUGCACAUCUACAGACUUAUAUCUGAGAAAACAAUUGAGGAGAAUAUCUUGAAGAAAGCAAAUCAAAAAAGACUACUGGGUGACUUAGCCAUUGAAGGGGGUAACUUCACUACUGCACACUUCAAGAAGUCCACCAUUCAAGAUCUGUUUGAUGUCAACGUAAAUGAGAAUGAUGCCACCAAGAGGAUGUCUGAUGUCUUGGACAAGAUAGAUAAAACCAAACAUGUAGAGGAGGGCAAAGAAGUCUCUGAGGGAGAGCGCGUCAAGAUGGGUGCUUUCGAAUGUGCCCUGGCUGCUGCUGAGGAUGAGACAGAUGUUCAGGCAGCUAAGACUGCCAAGGCUGAGGCAGCAGCUGAGUUAGCUGAAUUUGAUGAAAACAUUCCAAUUGAGGAGGGUGAAGGAGGAGAGGAGCUGAGUAAGGCAGAGCAGGAAGUUGCUACACUCAUGAAGCAGCUGACUCCUGUGGAGAAGUAUGCAAUGAAGUUCCUGGAGUCAUCUGAUGAUGGUUGGGCGGCAGAAGCAGAGCGAAUGGCUGCAGAGAUUGAGCAGCAGAAGAAAGAGUGGGAACUGGGGCGACUGCAGGCUUUGAAGGAGGAGGAGGAGCGGCUGGCACACAAUUCUGAUGAAGAAAUCCUAACCUACUCAUCUGCAGAUGCCCACAAUCAGUUAUGGCUGUCUUUGUGUGGACGGGAAGAGAUGCCAGUUUGGCAUCCUCCAACUCCACCACGAGAUGACAAUGAUGUGUACAUCGACCAUUCCCUUGGAUUUUGGUAUGACUCGAGCAUUAUGCCAGAGUCUGCUCUACCUCCUGUGUACAUCAAAAAGGAACACAAAAGGCUUAAACUGGAACCAGGUGCUGUGGGUGGGUCAGGAGAGGGAUCUUGUGGAUUGCGUCGUCCCCAGAAGCUUCGUCGGGAAGAUGCUGUUCAUGCACCUCGCUCUCUAUUUGAUCGACCAUCACCUGCUGUUGUCAAGAUUCGUCGAGACCUCAAGCUGCAAAAGUACAGGGGCAUUAUGCGACCAAGCAUUCCUCUGCCAGGUCUGAAACCAACUCUCAUGACCAAACCUCCCACUGCAGAGCCUGAAAACACACCAGAAUGGGCCGUUCAUGAGGACUGGGCUGUAGUACAAGCAGUUCAGCACCACCUCCAACUGGAAUUACCCAUCAAUCUUUUGGUGUUAUCUCCAGGCCAUACUCCUAACUGGGAUCUAGUGGCUGAUCUGGUUAAUACAGUCUCUCGCUGCUACAGAUCUUCCCGGCAGUGCAGAGCCAGAUAUGAAGAUACAAUUCAUCCCAGGGAAGAAGGGAAGCUACCACCUGAUGCCCCAGCUAAGAAAGUGUCUAAGAAACAGAAGUCUGGAUUUUUACAAAAGCCUUUACAUAAAAGCCUACGUCCCAUGCGAACCUCACAGCUCUUUGCACAAGAUAAUAAUAGCAGCUUCUCAUCUUUAUACUGCACUCGUUUUGAAACCAUUAAGAGCAUUGCCAUCAAACGUACUCCAACUACCAAGCCACCACUGGUAAACCCUACCCACAAGAACCCCAAACAUGCCCAAGUAUUAGCUGAGUCAGGCAUUCAGUAUGACUGUCCUCUAAACCCUGGCCAAGUUGCUGCCAAUCUGGCUGAACGUAUUCAAAGGGCAAAGCAGAAGACUCAGGCAGCAGCAGCAGCAGCAGCUGAAAUAGCUCAGCAACAACAGCAGAAAUUACUACAACAGCAGCAGCAACUGCAACUCCAACAACAACAACAACAGCAACAACAGCAGCAACAACAACCACAACAACAACAACAAAUACAGCAAGCUCAACUCACAGCUACACAGCUUCAACAACAACUUCAGCAACAACAGCCACAACAAAAUCAGGUGCAACAACAAAGUGUUACACAACAAAGUCAGCAACAGGUAUCUGUAAUAGGGAGUACAGGUGCUCAGCAAGUUGUGAACACUGGAUUAGCUGGUAAAGCUUCCACGUCAGUAGUGCUGAGUCAGGGCCCAUCAAUGACUGUUGCCACAGUGACUGCAGCAACACCCACCACCAGUGUUAUCACCUCUUCCACAUCACCUGCUGUUCUAGGAGGGGUGCGGACAGCUACAGGCACUCCCAAUGUAAACCGCACAACACUGUCCCUCCAGGAGCUCCAGGUGCGCACAUCAGGCAGCAGCCAGAGCACUGUGGUGAGUGUGGCAGGGCUGUCCCAACUUCAGGCUGCAAAGCUGAGUGCCACGCUUGCAUCUACCUCAUCUGCUCAGAAAGGUGUGACGGGAGUGUCAAGGCCCCUAACUCAAGCACAGUUGCAUUACCUGAAAAAGGAGGCUCAUGCCAGGCUAGCACUACAGCAGCAGCAGGGCAAGGUGGUUGCUACAGAUCAGACCAUUAAGAGAGUUCAAAUAGCAGGCCAGACAGGAACUCCCCAGAAAGUGCAAGUGGCUAUGCCUGGAGGAGCUCUAGCUGCUGUCACUGCCAUUCAGGUAACUCAGGCUGGACGCACACAGCUUGUGAAGCCUGGCACUGUAGUGGCAGGGACAAGUGGAGUGAUGGCCACUGGCAAAGCCAUCACUCGCACUGUCACUGACCGGGAAGUGGCAGCUCUUCUUAAACAACAACAACUCAAUAAAUCUGGACAAGUGGCUCAGGUGCAGGUGCCUUCUGCACAGUUGUUAGCUGGGCUCCAAGUUCAGAGUGGCGUCAGUACUGGAGGUACACCAGUUGCCACUUUAGUGAAGACUGUUAGUGCACCUAGCACUCUGGUACACACUCCGACCUCUGUCACUCUUCCUGUGUCUGCUAUUAAUGUGACACUCCCUCAAGCGAGAGUUACAACAGCUGCCACUGUAGCAAAAGCUGCCACCACCCAACAAGCAGUGCGCAACAUUUCUUUACCACAGCAACUUUUAACCAAACAACGGCCCCUGAUGGGAGUUAAAGGCACAGUUGGACUGCAGCUGGGAGGGAAGACGGUUGGAGGUACUGGAUUGAACACAGUACAGAUAGUCCAGGGUGGAGGACAAAAGCAAGUUACUAUGCAGCAGAUACAACAUGUGUUGAAAGUACCCCAACAGACAAUUCAACACAUCACACAGGGAGGAACAGUGAGUGGGACAGUAGUUGGUAAGGCUGUGGGAAGCAGUGUUGCUGGAACCAGUGUGACCUCAGCUACCCAAGGCAUUGGCACUUCUCACACCACUAAGCUGGUGCCUAUGACCAUUGCCUCACACCAACAGCAGUCCAUCAAACAAACAAUUCAGGUUGUGUCUGCAGGACCAACAGUUGUGGGUGGCACUCCAGCAAUCCGAGUGAGUGGUGGGGAACGCUCAUCAGCCUCAACUAGCCUUCACUCUCUUCCAGGUGGCCCAGUCAAGGUCACCAAUCCAACCCUUUUGUCUGCCACCCUUCAGGGUCAACAAAUGUCUGUAGCUGUAAGAACACCUACACAAAGUCCUGUUAGAAUACAGACUUCAGCUUUGCAAACUCAACAGACAACUCAGACACAGCAGCAAUCUCAACAGCAGGGACAACAAGGUAGUGGUGGGCAAUGAAAAGUAAGAGAACAACAGCUUAAUUUCAUACUGAGAUCAUUAAGAUCAUAGUCUUGAGAACCAUAAUCACCUCAAAA